UCCAGCUAGCAUGUCCCCUUCCUCCCACCACCGCAGUUGCCCUCUCCUGUAGACCCGCCCCACCCAUACAUGUCAUGGACAAUGGGCAACUGCUUAUCCGUUCCUGUAUCAUCCUCAAACUCUUCAUCAAAUAACAUACAACUGCCACCCCGACGCCCUAUCUCUUCUUCUCUCUCUUCAAAUAACACUCUAUCAUCUACGAGUUAUCCAGUACCCAAAAAGGGCAAAAAUCACGCACAAUCGUUUCACCGCCGUCGAACCUCAGAAUCCUCCCAGAUGGCUUCUCACCCACUCCUUGCCCUGCGGCAGUAUGCCACACUCCCCAAUCCUCAAUCUUCUCUCCCACCAUCAAAAUUGCUUUUCUCCAAUAGCAAUACGAUGGUAGUGUUUGACUCUUACCCAAAGGCAAAAUAUCAUUUCCUAGUCCUACCGCGUUAUCCUUUCCCACCUCAGUCAGACCCAGAUUCCGAUGAGUCCAUUGUUUCAAUUGAGACGUUGGACGAUUUAAAAAGCUUGCUUCGUAAAGCAGGAGCAGACCAGAGAGAAGAGGUUCUAAGAGCCAUGGCGGAGACUGCGCGCGAAGUGGAGGAGAUGAUUAGAGACGAAAUGCUCAAAACCGAAGGAUUUGAAUGGAAAAUUGAUGUUGGAUUCCAUGCUAUACCCUCAAUGAAGCAUAUACACCUUCAUGUCAUAUCAGAAGAUCGGAUAUCACCUUAUCUGAAAUCAAAAAAACACUACAACUCUUUCCGGCCCGAUCUUGGUUUCUUUAUCCCGAUCAUGGAAGUGCAACGCUGGUUGCAGGAUGAUCGCACCGUGCUUGAUCGUGUAGAAGCAUUGCCCGCUACUCAAACAUUACUGAAAACCCCUUUGACCUGCUUCAAAUGCGAUGAACCCAUGAACAAUAUUGAGAAGUUGAAACAGCAUUUCGAAAAGGAAUUUAGCAGCGAAAGAAAGGAAGCUUUUAAAUAUAUAGCAAAACAUGGCCGUCAAAGGAGCAGUGAAGAGGAGAUUUUCUGAAGACUGCUGGAGGCUGGCGAAGUACCAACACGCCUGGAUAUCAUACUUGUAGCAUCGGCGUUAGUUAGCGCUGUCUGUAUCAAUAGCGUAACGACAUUAAUUUGGGUUAUACAAUUUAACUGACAC